AUGGUGGACAGUGCCUUGGUCAAAACCUUCCGGGUGCCUGCACGACACGGUUAUGCCGUAGAGCUCUCUCCUUAUUUCCCCUCCAGACUGGCCUGCGCUACCUCUCAGUACUAUGGAAUAGCAGGCUGUGGAACGUUAGUGGUGCUGGAACAGACAGAGGCAGGAAUUAUCCCUUUCAGGAGUUUUGACUGGAAUGAUAGUCUUUUCGAUGUUACUUGGAGUGAGAACAAUGAGCAUGUCCUGGUCUCUGGGAGUGGAGAUGGGUCUCUGCAGAUCUGGGACACUGCAAACCCUACUGGACCCUUACAAGUCUUCAAAGAACACACUCAAGAGGUUUACAGUGUUGAUUGGAGCCAGACACGAGGAGAACAUCUGAUUGUUUCUGGUUCGUGGGAUCAAACAAUAAAAGUAUGGGACCCAAUGGUUAACAAUUCAAUAUCUACAUUCCAUGGCCAUGCAAGUGUCAUCUACAGCACAAUCUGGUCACCACAUAUCCCUGGUUGCUUUGCCUCAGCUUCAGGUGAUAACACUCUAAGAGUCUGGGAUGUAAAAGCAGGAGAAGCCAGAAUAAUUAUUCCGGCUCAUCAAGCAGAGGUACUGAGCUGUGAUUGGAGUAAAUAUGAUCAGAAUAUGCUUGUUACUGGAGCAGUUGACUGUAGUUUAAGGUGCUGGGACCUAAGAAAUAUCCGACUGCCAGUACAUCAUCUCGUUGGCCACACUUAUGCUAUACGGAGAGUUAAAUUUUCCCCGUUCCAUGCAACCAUGUUGGCCUCAUGUUCGUACGACUUCAGUGUCAGGUUUUGGGAUAUUUCCAAGCCUGACUCAGUCCUUGAAACAGUGGAACACCAUACAGAAUUUGUAUGUGGCCUUGAUUUCAGCUUGCAUAUCCCUGGUCAGGUUGCAGACUGUGCCUGGGAUGAGACAGUGAAGAUCUAUACCCCGGCUUGCCUUACAGUUUAGAGAUUAAACUUGGCAUCACUGGAAGAUUUAAGGCGACAUAUCCUGAAUGAAGUGCACUAGUUUACUGUUUGAUUCGUGUUGUGUAUACAUGCAACAUUUUGGAACUCACAAAAAGUGAACAGUUGUUAUGUGGUGAAUUUGUAAAGCUCUUUACCAAUUUAAUUACUGUUUAUAUUUUCAGCAGAAGGUACAGCUGGAAAUGUUUUAUUAUUGCUGCCUUUCAUUUGAAGGUGAAGAAUAAUUGAAAGUUGUUGUAUUAUAGUACUGUCUAAAACAUUGAGAAAUCGAAAUGCAGCAGUACUAUUUUAUCCUCUCACUUUACAGACUUUUUGGAAAAGUGGGUAAAAUUCAAAAUUGAUAUUUAACAUACUUAUUUUUAAUUAUAAUUUAUAUAACUUUUGACCUUGUGCCUAGAAGUUUGGAAAUUGGACAGUUGGACUGUGCAUUGGGGAAAUGUUUGAAUGCAAGAAGAUGUUUCAUUCAUACACUUCACCUCAUGUCUGGGUUCUGAAUAGUAUCUGAUCAAGGUAUAUUUAUAUUCCUCCUGUUCCAUGGGGACUGGAUACUACAAUGGACUAGAAUUUGGCUUUUCAGCCUUGGAAAUUAGUUGAUGGGAAUCUUCACUUUACUGACUGUGAGGACCUGAAAUGAGUUACAUCAGAUUUACUCUAGACCUCAAUGGGCUAGGGACUGCAAGAUAAAAUGCUGGCAUACAUUGACACUACCAUGACAAUUAGACUCUUGAUGUGAGAAAUUGAAGUAUUCUGGUGGAGUGGAAGGUGCCUUUGCGGCUGGAGCUGAGCAAUGUUGUGAAAUGGAUGACCAGUUAAUCUGUUUUUUUGACAGUAUUGGCUGAAGGAGGAGCUUUGACCAAUGUACCAGGAAAGCACCCUUGAAAAGUAACGCCAGAAAGCCCUCUGAAACAUGGAGACAGAUUUAAUUUUUUGAGAAAUAUUCCUGGAACAACUUUAAAAUAUACAAUUAAAUCUAUUUACUGGAAUAGGCAGUAACUUGUACAAAGUAGAAUUUUUGGACACUUUUUCAAAUAUUAAAAUAAUGAAAUUAAUUUGAACUCUUACAGAAAAGAGCUUUACAUCUUUCAGAAUAUUUGGAUUCUUUUCGUCUUACUGCAAUUGCAUAUUGUCUUCAAUUAUUAAUCAUGUCAUUGCAAAAUGUAUAUAUAUUUUAAUAAAUAUGCUAAAGUAACUCAUUUUCAA